AUGGAGAAGUCGCCUAAGAAAUGGUCAUUGGGAAACAUCUUAUUCCGUAAGAGUAAGAAGGAUAUACCACAAGCUGAUUUCAGCUCAGAUGAUGAUGAUCGUAAGGCUGGAUUUGGCAAUGAUUUUAUUAAAAAAUCACCAGCAAAAGUUAAAACAAAUAAGCAACUUGUGCAAGGUUUUGAUCAACAGCAAUAUUCAGUCGCAAAUCCAGAAUUUCAUUACUAUAAGCCAGCACAGCCACAACAGUCGUAUCAACCUCAACAGCCACAACAACAACAACAACAAUUACAGUAUCAAAGAACACCACAAAUUUAUCAGAAUAACUUUGAGUAUAUAAAUAAUCAGAUAAAUCUAGACAAGAGUCGAGCAACUUUAUCUCCGCAGUACAUCUACAAUACAAAUAAUAAUUAUCUCCAAUAUCAGGGAUCAUCACAAGAUGAAAAAUCAUCUUAUAAUUCUCUAUCAUCACCAAUAAAUAAAAGUGGCAGUGAGAAUGGCAGUCGAACGAGUUUGACUAAAAAGUCAAGAUCAGCACGCAAUGAGCGUUAUUAUCAGCGAAUAAUGAGAGAUGAGGGACGUCCACAAACAGUUUAUGGAAGUGUUAAUUCCAUCGAGAAUAAUCCAAAGUAUCAAAUGCCAUUAACAAAUGGAAAUAACAGACUCUCAGCAUCAUUGAAUAGUUCAUCGAUUUGUAGCUCAGACUUUCAGAUGCCAACACAACCACCACCAAUGAUGAUGAUGACGACGAUGAAUCAGUCAUCGAGUCUUCCAAUUACACGCGGUGUUGUAUUUUGUGGAAGUAGUAAUAAUAAAAGUUUAGAUGUUGAUGAAGAUAAAGAUGAUUAUGAAAAUAUUCAUCAAGUUGAUGAUUCAGUUCCACCUCCAAUUCCACCAAGAGAUCCAAAUCGUCGUUUCUCAAUAAAUUCGUCAGUUAGUCAGAAUCCAUAUUAUUUUGAUCAAGCACUACAGAAAUAUGUAAUUUUUAAUACAAAUGGAAAGUGUUUCAGUGACGAUAAAUUGUGGAAGCAUGAGAAUGAGCGUCCAACAAGUGCUCGAACUAAUGCCGUGACAGAUAAUAAACAUGAAAUGAAUACUAAGCAGCAACACGACAUUCUUCGUCCGAGAUCACGAAAGCCACUUAAUCUGAAUACAAAUUUAGAUAAUGAAUGUGUCUUUAGCUCAGAGGAUGUGGUUGAUAAUCCACGCCAAUAUCCAAUAAGUCAACGAUCAAAAAGUGCAAUAGAUUUUGAGAAAAUGAUGUCGUUGAAUGAUCAACAGCCAAUUGUGCGUAACAAAUUUGCACAACGUCAGAGAAAUCUCACGAGUGUCGAGCCUAUCAAGUACCAGCAAAAUUUAAUGCAAAAUAGUUUCGCAAGCGAUGAAUUGCAGGCAUUACGCAAGAAAUAUACAUCCGCAGAAGAUAUAAAUAAAAACAAAGUGAAUAUGAGAAGUAAGCUACCUACAGUGAAUACAAUAAACACACCCGGCACCAGAAAGUCUCUCAAUGAGAUGGAUUUGAAAGUGAAAGAGAAUAUUAUGAGUUCAAAUCUUGAUGAUGCAAUAACUGAAUUGGAAACGAUGUAUAAAAAUCUUAUAAAAGAUGAGAAUCUUAUGGAACGUGCCACUCGACGUGAUCUUCCAACGCCUACAAAAUUCACACAAUUAAUGCGAAAAUAUGAAGAAUAUGAGGCUGAAGAGAAUCAUAAUGAUAAAGAACCCGACAUUUUAUUAGAUGAUGUCUUUUCAAGAAAUCUUAAGCAUGCCAAUCAAAAAACUAAAUUUCAAGAACAUCAACCGCCUUUUGGCAUCCCAAAUCAUAAGCUCUAUCCAAUUCCACCGAAACCGUCACAAGAUUACUUGUCUAUUGAGCCAGUACAAAUGAGAAAAGUUCAACCGACAAUAACACAAAAUAAUCCUGAUGUUGUUGCUGACGAUUUGGCAGUGAGGAACUUACGAAAAGAUAAUCCUAAUUGCAAUCGUCGACGAAAUAUGAUUGAGGUUGAAAAUAAUCAUUUUAUGAAGCGCAAUCAUACAUUGUCAUCAUUAUCUGAGCACAUUUAUAAUGGAAUUUUAAAAGAUUCAGCAAAACCAUCCGGUGGCAAACUUGAUGAUUAUUUAAACUUUGAUUUAUCUGAUACAAAGGCAGCAGAUAAAAAGGACGUCAAGUCAACAUUGUAUUUAGUAAAUAAGAAUCCAAAUGAGCGUGAAGAUUUUGAAAAGAGCUUAAAUGCAUUAGUUGUUGAAUCAAAAGCUAUAAGCCAAAAAUUAGAAAAGGAUUUGUCAAAAUUAAAACGCGAAUCUGUCACGCCAAAACCAACAACUGCUGUGCAGCAACCGACACAACCAAAGACUCUUGUAACACUGCUUGACUUUAGAAAAUCUAUUGAGAGAGAAAAGGAGAAGAAAUCAGCAUCAUGUUCGCCAAUAAAGAGCUUACAAUCACCUGCUGGUAAUACAGCAACAAGUAACGAAAAUAAACCUCAAAUGACCUCUACGGCAUGUUCACCGAUCAAAGAUUUACAAGAUGUAUGUCCACCAAAAGAAGAGAUCAUAAAGAGUCAAGCACCAAAGCAACAGAAAACAGAGAAAAUUGAGAAUCUUAUUAAAAUGUUUAACACGACAACAAUGUCUUCGCCUGAGUCGAUUAAGAAGCAACAGUCGGCAAAGGUUUUGUUGGAAAAGCCAUCAAGAAAAUUAUCAGAUUUAUCAAACAUGUUCGAAAAGGCACCCGAAGUUGACACUAAGCCACCAACUCAACCUUCAUCAUUAUCGACCUCAUCAUCAACGACCUCGUCAUUAUCAUCAAUGACACCAUACAUAAAGAGAACCACAUCAAGUUCAUCGAUCGAUGAGAAAACAGUCGAUCAAAAGACAUCAGUUAAAUUGAUUAGUCCAAGAAUUGUAAGUCCAACUGUUAUGAAUGCAAAAGUACGGACUGUCAUAAGUCCGAAGAAAAUUAAUCCAGCUCCAGUUGAGAAUGCUAAUGCAAUUAAAGCCGAUGUUGAAUCAAACAUAAAUAAUAUUAAAGAGCUUAUCCAACAAAUAAAGCUAACGGAAUUUGAAAAGAUGAAUAAGCGUGAUGCAAUGAAACCCGAUAUUCUUAAAUCAACUAAAAGCAACGACGUACCCGAUUACGAUAAUAUUAAAGACGAUUAUGAAAUGACUGAUGGAAAAUUGGAAAGAAUAUCAAAUAAUAAUAAUAAUAAGAGAAAUAGUAAUGUUAUAAUAGCAACAACAGCAUCAGAAACGAAACCGACUAUAAUAACAGCCACAUUAGUUAUUAAGCCUGAUUUUCUACCGAACGAAGAACCAUUAAUUGUUGCCAUAUCAAAUAAAUCAUCAGAAAUUGAGUAUGAUGAAAAUUCGCCCGAACUCAAAUCAAUCACAACGACAAGCUCAUCAUUGCGUGAGACAUCCGUAGAGAGUUCAUCAAAAGAUAGCUCGUCAAUUGAGAAUCGUAGCUAUAAUAAUAAUAGUAGUAAUAGUAAUGUGAAUAAUGAUUGCGCUGAUUCAGCUGCCAUAUAUAAAGAUGCCAUAGAAUUCUUGAAAGAAAAUGUUGAUCAGAAGGCAGUCACAAAUGAACAUGAUCAUAAAUCACCCAUCAAAUCGAUGCGUCAAAACAAAGAAGACGUUUUGAAUUACAUCGACAAAAUUAAUGAAAAUUUGGAAGCUGUCAAGAGUCAAAAGAGUGAGGAACUUGAUGCUGCUCAAUCAAAAAUGAGCGUAAAGGAGAGCAUUUCAAAAUUAGAACAGAAAAUUACGUUGAGUCGACAAAACUCUGAGGCUGUAAGUGAAACUACAUCGGAAGCGUCGCAAUACAAUACACCAUCAAAAGAGCCAUCAACGCCAGUCACAAUUAAGCCUGUUGUCUUACCAAAAGUCGGUCCAUCCGAUACUGAAUCAUUGUACAAUUCAAGCGAGGAACUCUCGAUGAUCUUUGGUCAUGCUGAGCAGCAGCAACAACAAAAUGUUCAAAUUCAUCCAGGUAAAAUUGUUGAAGAAGAUUUUGAGGCAGAAUUUGAGAAAAUCGCUAACGACGAUGAGAUUCUCGAUGAUAAAAUUUUAGAUGAGAACUUUAAUAUAACACUAAUUGAUAUUAAUAAUAAUAAUGAGUAUGCUGAGUGCUUUGAUAAUGAAUUGAGUGAUAUAACAAAUGAAAGUGCAAUGUCCACAAAAUCUGAUGCCUCUGCUUUAACUUUUUUUCGAUGUGAUACUGAGGACGACAAGAAAGAGGCCAAUGGGAGCUGCUCCAUAAGUGACGCAAAUAACAACAGCCUAACAAAUGAAUUAAGUAAGCUUAAUGCUGAAUGUUUUACUAAUACAUUAAUAAAUAGAAAGCCAAAUCCAAGCACAUCUAAAAGUAGCAAUAAUAGUCUUAAGUCAUGGAGUAGCCAAAAAUCUAAUGAUAACAAUUCAUGCACGGCUACAAGAUCACAACAACAACAACCUCUCAAGACACAAAGCAUCCUGCUUGCAUGCCUAUAUUGUGUCAUGUUGUAUUUACAAUUUAUUAUCUUUAAUUUUUCUAAAUCCUAAAUUUAAUAAUUUCAUUUUAGAAUAAGCUAAGCCCUUUUUAAGUUUUAUUGUAUGUAAUAUUUUUAUUAUUAUUGUUACUUACCUUAACUUCCAUUUAAGAGAGCAUUUUAGAUGUAAAAUAUUAUUUUAUUUUUUGCAAUUUUUUUUUCACCUUUAUUUUUAUUGUUAUUGAUGUGCAUUCCAUUAAAAGAGAGUAGAAACAUUUCCAAUGCCUUAAUCAUCAAGUUAUUAUUAACGUUGAGAAAUGCUGAUGACUUCUCGUCGGCUAUGAGCAAAAAGGGGAGUUGUUCAGGUUUAAUGUUUGAGAUUUUGAGGAGGAGGGGUUGUGGGAUUGGUUAUUGUUGAGCUCUUGGGUCAGUUUCCAGAGCACCAUAACCUAGAAUCGAAUGUUGAUAUCUAAAACUCUAUGGUUGCCAUUUGUACUUCUAUAAACCAGCCUAGGAUUCGUUAAAUCAACCUAGUGAAGACCAAUCUUCUACAAUUUCUA